AUGCCCGAGGGACGCCAAUCUCCUGCUCCUGAGAAUCAGACUGGUGCCCAGCAGCAGGACCCCCCCGCCUCCGGCACGGGAACCGACGAUGCCUCCAACAAGGACGCCGCCAACCAGGAGUCUCUCAAGAGCCUGUCUUCGAACCCCAAGGGCCCCAUGGACGAGAACCUGAAGGAGAAGUUCGCCAAGACCCAGUAA